CACCCGCAUGGACACAGCGGGUCCCAAAUGUCUCGGGAAAGCCCACUUGCCCCGCAGUACUGUCGCAAAAUGUUUACAGGAGUGGAGCAGUUCGUACUCGUUUACGUUUCUUACUGCAACGAGGAAGGAAUGUUGCAUUUUUUAUGGACAUUUUUAGUGAAUGUGUAUGGUAAGACUGACCCUGUCUACCUGUCCACCCCCACCCUGCCUUGGAGAGAAUGGAUCCUGUUGUGUUGAGCUACCAGGACAGCCUCCUGCGGCGCUCUGAUGUGGCCUUACUGGAGGGCCCUCACUGGCUCAACGACCAGGUCAUUGGCUUUGCCUUCGAGUACUUUGCCGCUGAGCUCUUCAAAGGCCUUGGCGAAGCGGCCAUCUUCAUCAGCCCCGAGGUCACCCAGUUCAUCAAGUGUGCUGCCUGCCCGGAGGAACUAGCCCUGUUUCUGGAGCCGCUGGGGCUAGCUUCCCGGCGCUGGGUCUUCCUGGCUGUCAACGACAACUCCAUCCAGACUGCCGGCGGCUCUCACUGGAGCCUGCUGCUGUUCUUUCUAGUGUAGUGCAAUAGUAGUGUAAUUAAAAGGACUGUUUCUAGUGUAGUGUAAUAGUAGUGUAAUUAAAAGGACUGUUUCUAGUGUAGUGUAAUAGUAGUGUAAUUAAAAGGACUGUUUCUAGUGUAGUGUAAUAGUAGUGUAAUUAAAAGGACUGUUUCUAGUGUAGUGUAAUAGGAGUGUAAUUAAAAGGACUGUUUCUAGUGUAGUGUAAUAGUAGUGUAAUUAAAAGGACUGUUUCUAGUGUAGUGUAAUAGUAGUGUAAUUAAAAGGACUGUUUCUAGUGUAGUGUAAUAGUAGUGUAAUUAAAAGGACUGUUUCUAGUGUAGUGUAAUAGUAGUGUAAUUAAAAGGACUGUUUCUAGUGUAGUGUAAUAGUAGUGUAAUUAAAAGGACUGUUUCUAGUGUAGUGUAAUAGUAGUGUAAUUAAAAGGACUGUUUCUAGUGUAGUGUAAUAGUAGUGUAAUUAAAAGGACUGUUUCUAGUGUAGUGUAAUAGUAGUGUAAUUAAAAGGACUGUUUCUAGUGUAGUGUAAUAGUAGUGUAAUUAAAAGGAGUGUUUCUAGUGUAGUGUAAUAGUAGUGUAAUUAAAAUGACUGUUUCUAGUGUAGUGUAAUAGUAGUGUAAUUAAAAGGACUGUUUCUAGUGUAGUGUAAUAGUAGUGUAAUUAAAAUGACUGUUUCUAGUGUAGUGUAAUAGUAGUGUAAUUAAAAGGACUGUUUCUAGUGUAGUGUAACAGUAGUGUAAUUAAAAUGACUGUUUUUAGUGUAGUGUAAUAGUAGUGUAAUUAAAAUGACUGUUUGUAGUGUAGUGUAAUAGUAGUGUAGUUAAAAUGACCGUAGUAUAGUGUAAUUGUAGUGUCAUUUAAAGGACUGUUUGUAGUGUAGUGUAAUUAAAGGACUGUUACCUGA